AAAAACAAAGGUGCCAAGUGAAAAAUCAUUAAAUAUGUACCCACAUAUAUAUAUGUCAUGUUAUUGAUACAGUAUUGACUGCUGCUGAUUGAUUUUUAUUUCAAUUUCCGGUGCCUCCAUCAAAAAACAACAAAAUGUGACCUACAGAAUGAAAUAAUAAAUAUUUAUUAUAUUAUUGGCAACUUAACAAGUUUCUACGCUUGAACCAUAAGUGAUAUUCAAUAUUCCAAUAGAACUUUCAUCAACUUUAAACUAAAAAGCAUUGAUGAUAUAAUGGAAAUGCAAUUGGCAUUUGUUCGGGUCUAUUUCUCCAUGGAAAGAAUUGAUGAGUUCUUCAAUAAAUAAUGAUUUUUCUAUAAGCGAGACAAUCAUUUAUGAAACUGCUUCAGAUCUCAUUAACCAACAUCACAAUCCGGAGAUGAUGUUUUUUGAACUUGUAAAUUUGAUAUUAAUUCCUGGAGUUUUUAUACAAGUUUUUGAGUGCCAUCAACUGUUUGAGAAAAUAUCUGGCGCUUCUAGAAAUAAUACAGUGAGAGCAAUAGAGAGGAAGUAUGCCAGCCAGUGCAGCUUGGAUUGUGUUCUGGCUAAUGGUGGAUGCAAGAGUUAUAACGUCAAGUACUUCAACAAUGGCAAUGUGAUGUGUGAGAUAAAUGGAGCUUCACUCUCAAGUGAACCUAAUCUCAACACACCAGGAGUCGACCACUUCACAAAAUAUCUAAACUGCCAGAAUGGAGCAACCAAGAGUCCGGGAAAAUGUCACUGUGUUGCAGGUUACUAUGGUGAUGAGUGUCAACACAUUGUGAAAGAUUGUGAAGAGGUGGUCACCAUCCUUGGGGAUCCAAACAGUAUGUACCUCACCCAUCCUCCUGGUGUACCCACCCCUAUACAGGUGCGCUGUACAGACAAGUGGACAAUGAUAUACCGAAAGAGGUCCAAAUUGGGACAUGACCCAGAUAUAUACACAGAUUGGGAAGGAUACAAACGCGGAUAUUUUACAGCAGAAUUUGGACAAUUCUUAGGCUUGGAAGUGUUUCAUCAGAUAACGUCUCACACUGAUUAUCAGGUAAAGAUUAUUGUGAAUCCCCAGAAUGAUCUUUUUGCAACAGAUUAUGUCUACACGUAUGAUAGCAUAUAUGUUGCUAACGAGACAGAGAAAUACAAACUGACACUCGGAUCAAUGGUUGAUUUCACCUGUCUUGGCAACACAUGUGAUACAGAUCCUGACAUAGCUAUCGCUUCUACGAUUGACCCUGCCCAGGCCUGGAGAGGUAUGAAGUUCACGACAACAGACUCGGACAAUGACAUGUCAGCUACACUUAACUGUGCAGAUGAAUUAGAAGGAGGUGGUUGGUGGUACAACGAUUGUACCCAGUGUGAUAUAAGAGCCGAUGCAGUGGCUCCACCUAGCCCAGGCCUACAGAGACUCUGCAUGCCUGAGAUGUUAUAUAAACAAUGCAGCAAAAGCUAUUGCAUGACAACGGGAAUGGAUGUCCUUAUAAAACCUAUAAAUUAGAAAAAAAAUAAAUGCAAAACAUACAUAAAUAAUAAAAUGUAAAUUAAUAUUGGAUCAGUUAAUUAUAUUUUCACAAAUGAU